AUGGGAUGCUGUUCUUCAUCUAAAUCUACAAUUAAAAAUGUUAAAAAACCUAUUUUCAAAUAGGAUAGUUUAUAAUCUGAAAAUAGUUCAAUAUUUAUUGAAUCUCAAGAAAAAAAUAAGGAACAAUCAUAAGAACAAGAAACUUGUGCAAAACCAAGUUUAAAUAAGAAGAAAACCAAUUAAUUAAUAUGUUUUUAAGUUUAAUAAGACAAUAUUCAAAAUAAGGAUAAUCUUAAUGCAGUAGAUGAUGAAUUUUUUGAAUCAAAAAAUUAAAGCAAUAUCUAUAAAAUAGAAAAAAGAAAUUCUGACUCUGAUUAUUGA